AUGACCUGCCCAGCGCGAAAGGUGUGGCCCUCUUGCUUCAGGUCAAAGCUCAAUUCUGGAGAAUAUAUCCUGGGCGAAGAGCCGAAGCUAGAUCAGGAUAAGGACUACGAAGUUCAGGCGACCUCAACGAGAGGAAUUUGCAUUGCACCUUUGCUGUUACAAAGACAGAGCGAGCUCGAAUACAAGGUCCCUGAAGGGGCGAAGCGCGUGCCGUGGGUUGACACCAUGGCGAUAGAUGGACAGACUGAACUGCCAAAGGGUGUCACUGCCAAAGAUGGAGUGAAGCUCGAGAGCAUGGCUUCAGACGCCGCAGCGGAAGCUUACAGAAGGACUGACAAGCAGAUGUAUAGAGUCCGCCAGCAAGCAGCGGAGGAGGAGCGUCGAAUCAAGAUCGUUGAAGAUAGAAAGAAAGCUCAAGCAGGCAAGAAGUUCGCGAAGAAGGCCAAAACAAAGAAGCUGGAAGAGCGAGCAAAGGCGCGAAAUGCAGCUUGGUUUGCUCCCGGACUUUGCAAACGACACUUGGAAUGUCAGGAUAAGCGAAACUCGCUAGAGCAAAUUGCCGAGUGGCGAAAUCGGAAGAAGACUGAAGGUAAGAAUACGGAUGAUCAGGACUGA